AUGCGGAAGUUCACCGGGAACGUCGCGAACGCCCUGGAAGAGAUAACGUCCCGCUUGACCGCGAUCGAGGGAGCGCUCGAGGCGAACGACGAAAACGUCAAGGCGCUCGCGGAAGCGACGGGCGAACUCAAGAGCCUGGCGCGCGCGUUGGAACGGGCCGUCCCGGAGGAGUCGUCCACGGCGGCGCCGGCGCCGGCGCCACCGAUCGCGGAGCUCGUGGAGAAGCUCUCCGUGUCGCCGACGCCGACGCCGACGCGCGCGCCAGAGCCGGAGCCGGAGUCCGCGGCGGCGUCGGCGCCGCCGGAGGCGCCGCCGGCGGUCGCCGUCGGCGUCCCGAUCGUCGACGCGCGCCCUUCGCCGUCGUACCAACAGAACCUUUCGCCGGGAGCGGGGUCCUGGGCUCCGGCUGGGCCGCCGCCGCCGCAGCCGCACGGGAUGCCGCCGCUUCCUCAGUCGCCGCCGUCGCCGGCGUACGGGUCUCCGUACGGCGGCGGGGGACCGCCGCCGCCGCAUCAUCAACCUCACCGCCAUCACCACCCGGCGCCGCCGCAACACCACUCGGGCGGCCCGCCGCCGCCGCAUCACCACUCGGGUGGCCCGCCGCCGCCGCCACCUCCGCCGUCGUACGACAGAGGCCCGAGCCCGCCGCCGCCGUACCGCCCUGGGCCGCCGCCGGGGCGGCACGCGCCGCCGGCGUCGCUUCAAAACACCCAGGUCAAGGUGAGCAUGGAGAAGAUCGUGGACGACUUCGCGAACAUGGGGUUCACGCGCGAGCAAGUCCGGGGGGUGAUUCGACAGAUGCAGGACGCGGGGCAGCCAGUAGAUCUGAACGUCGUCCUGGACCGGUUGAUGAACCCGGACCGAUACGGGGGGCGCCGGUGA